CUCUAUAUGAUAUAAGAAUUAGAGGAUCAGUUUGUAAUUAACCAAUGUACUACUUAGUGUACUUUUUGUACUGUUCGGAGAGACAAAUAAAUAAAUAAAAAACUUUACCCUACUGUUGUACUCUCUCGUUCUCUCUCCUUCCUACAGUUCUCAUCUUCUUCUCAAUCUUAUCUCCUGCAAUGAUUUAUAAGAGAGAAAGUGAGAGAGGCGGAACCUUCUGCAUGUAGGCGAUCGUCUCCUAAAGCUCAUCCCGUCUUCCGGCGCUGAGAUUUUCUCUAUCUCUGGCUUGGUUCAGGAAACCGCUCGCCGAUCACGGGUCUCGUCCCUUUCGUCGGUCGUAAGGCAUUCGCCAAAAGAGAAGCGGAGCGGAGCGGCGGGGCGGGGGAAGAAAAGAAACGAUGAAAGCCUCCACUUUUGAGUUUCGAUUCGCUCGUUGAUUUAAAGAUUAGGGUUUUGGACGUUUGUUGUUUGGAUGCCGGCUUUUUACUUAUUUAUAUUGGUUGCGUAUAACGGCGGCGUUUUAUUGAAAAUAGUCUACCGCCGGUUACUACAAAACCGGACGAUAUUUCGUUUCUUGCCGUAAAAACCGAAAAAAUCGGCCGGCACGGUAAAAAGACCACUGACAGCCUACCGUUUCGCUUCUGGUUCGGUUCCCGAAUUUUCCGGUUGAACCGUCCGGUACGAUCCGGUUUCCUGGUCCAUGGUAUAAAUACUCUUGUACUUUGGCCACUAGCCGCCAUGUUCAUUGAUCUUAAUAAGAGAAUAGCUGAGGGUGCUGAACCCUCCGUGGAUUAGUCUCAAUCAUCAAACGAUCGAGGAUACCACGUAAAUAUCGUGUGUCUUGUCGCUAUAAUUUUACUAUUUCUCAUAUGACAAGAAUGAGAUUUCUAGUUUCCACACUUUUAAUAUUAUGGUGAGUUACAGGGUGGGGUUUUUUUUUUUUUUUUAUAAUGUACAGGGUGGGUUAAUUUGACUAAUAGAAUGGAAGGUUGGAGAUGUAAACUGCUACAUAGAUGAUAGUUGAUACAGUUUGGUAGUAUGAGGUGGACAAAAGUUAUCAUUUCUACCAUGAGGAGGAAAGCACAUAUUCUAAUUUACCUAGGAAGGUCAACUUCGUGACGUCGCAUGAAGGGAGAAAAAGCGGACACUAAAAGUUGGAUUGGUGAAAAAAAAAAGAGGAAAUUGAAGGGUUGUGGCCUGUGGGAUUUGGGUGGGUGAGUCGUGGUCGUGGAGGCCUGGUCGUAUUCUGUACGUGGCAAUACGAACAGCAUGUAGUAAUAUAGUAACUUUUUUUUUACAAAGGGAAUUUUAUUGCACUUCAAAUUAAUCAAUUACAAAGAGGAGAAAGAACCAACAAUCUGGUUCCAACAAGAGGAAGUCCAAAGGCAUUUGGUUACAAACAAAGCUGUGUAAGACAAAAUGCAGCAACAAAGAACACAACACAGUCUGCAAGCAACCACCCGGAAAGAGCAAAACCCUUGACCGAAAACAGAUCAUCAAGAAACUCUCUUGCAAACAACCAAUCAAAGUGCAACAAAACCAUUUCGCUAAAAAAAAAAGUGCAACAAAACCACAAUCAGCUUGUCCGAUAUAUCGAAAUCCAUGGUAGUUGAACAUCAUCACCCCAUGUGCCGCCUCCUGGGGAAAACUCAAGGACAUCCAUCACAGUGAAUCUAGAAACUAGACUGCAUGGCGGUGGAAGAGGAUAUAACCAGAUUGCUUCAAGCUGAAGAGGCAGAGGAGGUCGAGGCAGAGAGAUCAGGUUCGAAGAAGAACAGAAGCUCCCAAGGUAGCCACAAACCUCCACGAAAACACCGAAUCCCAACCGCAACCACCGGAGAAGACCCAACCCACCACCAUCCGACAGCUCACCAAGCCACUCAGACACCUAGGGAGGUCAGAGAGGGAAAGAAGGGAAUGGCUUCACCUUGAAGAUGAGGCCACCAACGGGGGACAAACCCACCAUCUAGAUCUGGAAGAGGCUCCCAAGUUGCAAACUCCAGCUCCUACGACGAGCAAGCCCAAGAACAUAGAACCAAGAUCUGAAAGGAGAAAACUGAAAGCCAGAACGGCUGGAAAUCCAAUUGAAAACUGCCCAAGACACAGGCACGAGCACUAAAGCCAGAUAAGGAAACAAUAGCAGAAAAAUAAAAAGUUUUGGGCUAUUGCAGGUCACCUAAAAGGAGCCGGCGGCAGUCCCCGGAAUCAGAAAAAGAAAGCUGGAAGAGGAGAAAAGGCAGAGCAAAUUUCAGAAGGAAAAGGUAGAGAGAGGGGCGUGAUAGAGUUUGGUAUUUAGUAAUAUAGUAACUUACUGAGG